UCCGCGAAGUGCGUGCUUCGAAAACAAUUAAGAAUAUUUAUAUUAGCGAAUAUGAACAGUACAACAGAACGAAUAUUUCUCUCAAAUCCUGGAGCGCGCCAGUCUUCUAGCAUGAGCCAAGUCAAUCUCGAAAAUGUGCAAGAUUUCUCAAAUUUAUGCAGAACAUGUGCCACCAACACACAAUAUGUCAUCCCAAUAUUCUCCGGUGAAGGCCUGCAGAACAACUUAGCUGAUAAGAUUCACAAACACCUGCCUAUACAGGUGAGCGAGAGCGACCUGCUGCCGCACGGCGUGUGCGUGCAGUGCGCGCACACGCUGCUGGCUUGGAGCGAGCUGGUGGAGUGCAGCCGCGACGCCGACCGGGCGCUGCGCACGCGCCUCGCGCAGUUGCAGCUCGUAGCCCAGCAGGAUAUUAAACCCUCAACAAAGCGUGAACCGAACCAAAUUGACCAGCUAAAUGAGUUCCAAGAAGUGGCAUUCGUAGUGCCGGCGCACGCGCCGCCGGAGUACGCUGCAUCGGGACGCGCCACGCCCAUUCUGCGCAAAGCUUGCGAUUACUGUCGCUCAGAAUAUCCACAAAAUGACUACACGGAUCACUUGACGACCGCUCAUUCGGACCGUCUUUUCCACUGUGAAGAAUGCAACAACUACGUCGACAGAAAAGACUUUCUUUCCCACAUGACUGUACACGCAAUGGAGUACUCCUCGGAGAACGUGAGAAAAGAAAUUAAGAGGCAAAUGCAAAUGAGGGCUAAACGUGAAAUAAAGGACGAAAAUGAAAACACAGAAGUCAGUAAUAAAGAACCUGUUCUGCAAAAUGACAAUACGGACGUACAAGCUACUCCACAAACUACAGUAAGAAGCUUUGGGAGAGAAGAAGAGGACCAAAAUGAUUUUUCUGAUCACAGCGAUACCGAAAAUGAUUUCGGGCCUUUACCUGAAUCAGUUUUUGAAGCUAUAGAAGAUUCGCAAGACAGUCAAACCGAAAGCGUUGAAACUUCUAAUACGGGUGAUGAGAUAGCCAGGAACUCGGCCAGUACAAAUCGCUCUUUAAAAACAGGAAAAGGAAAAAUAGUACGGAGGUGUUCCGUUUGUGGUAAAGAGUACACUGUUUCUUCGAGCUACUUCUAUCACGUGAAAUACUCUCACAAGCAGACUAAAGAGCAUUCAUGUAAAACUUGCGGGCGCAAGUUCGCGACAAAAGGCAGUUUGGCCCAACAUUCCAGCAUCCACACCGGGGAAAGCCCGUUUGAAUGCGACGAAUGUGGCAAAAAGUUCCGAAGCAAUGCCAGCUUGUACAUUCACAAACAGACUCAUAACGGGCGUAAAAAUUACUCUUGUACACAUUGCGAUGCGUCUUUCCGCUGGAAGACGCACUUGGCGAGGCACAUGACCCGACACUCAAAAGAGAAGAGACACGUUUGCGCGGUGUGCGGCCGAGGCUUCAGCGUCAAGUGCGACCUGCUCCGUCACGCCAGAACUCACGAGGCGGGAAAGAUCGAUUGCGAGAAGUGUGGCGCCACAUUCGCUCAAAUGCGGUACUUGAAAGUGCACAUGGAAAAGAAACACCCUAGUGCGAAGUAAGAAUCUCGUGGAUUCAAAACGUGGAUUGUCAUUUCAUUUUAAAUGUCUACGCAUGCAGGUGUAGCUUUGAUUAAAUUCAUUAAAAAAAUAAUUGGUCCCUGGGACAUUUGUGAAACUAGAUCUUAUUCACUAUCUUUUUUCAUAAAAUCAAAAAAUCACUUGUUUUCAUAACGACAAUUUCCAACAAAAGGAGGUUCGCCACCGGCGACGCGAUAUGAGGAUUGAAAUUUGUAUGACAAAAUUUCAGUUCUCUGUUAGCGUAUCUUCGGUGAAAUAUUCUGGAUUGACGAGGAUGGACGAGGCGAGAAUUGAAUAUUUGUUUUUGUAGUAAUGAACCGUGUUGCUACCUAAAACUCGGACGAGCUCGCGAGUGCCCCCAGUGCCACGGGCAUUGUGGAGUACGUACGAUUUGAGAUUUAAAAAAAAAAUGGGUUCAUCCGAUUCCUAUUUAACAUAUUAAAUACUAAUGAUUUACGGGACAUGUUACUUCAGCCACGCGUUUAUCGCUAGACGAACCGAACAGACCAGGACCACAGCGUGAGGUCGCGACGGCUCGCGCUACCUAUUAUUGGCAAUUUUUGGUGGAAAUAGGCCGGCAAGAUUUCAAUUCUCGCCUGCUUCGCCGGUGGAAAACCAAAGGUGGUUUUCAAUGAUCAAAGAUUCACUGUCCUUGUAAUAAUGGUAGCAAUUAUUAUUCCAUUCACCUAUGUAAGCAGUAGUUAUAAAAGUUCAUCACCUAAGAUUAAAUGAAGGCCAUGCGAUAGUAGUUUGAAUUUUUAUUAAAAUGCGAAUGGAUGUUAAUAAGUCUUAGACUUGUGUUAUGAAUGACACUUCAUUUUGUCUUCACUCGAUUAUAUUAAAUCUUAGAUAGUAUUUAUUAUUCGCGUCGUUAGCAGUAAUACUCAAUAUUUAUUCCAAACCGUUUAAAAUAAAUCAUGUCGUGGGUCAUACUUCAUGACUUGAGAAAUUAAAUUUCUCUUACAACCUAUUAUUCGGCAUACCUACUAUUAGGGCCCGGUGAGGGAUGGUAGCAUAUUCUAGUCAUGUCUUCUGCGACGUCGUCGAUUAUCCUCAUCCUCGGUUUACGUUUAGUUGGAAUAUCAGUACAUUUCUUAUAGUACACGCAUACUUUCACAUUUGUUGUAAUAUUUGUAUGUUUGUAUCUGCCCAACUCUAUUAUUUCUUUAAGUGAAAUUG